AACAACAUGUCAAGAUACAAUUUCGGGCCCGCAAACACAUUAGAUAAUCUCUCUAAUGCGUUACUUCUUCGUGCUAAUCUUCACAUUGCGUUUGAUAAACCAAAGUUUGUCUUCGUACCAAAACUGUCAUCUGAGCUGGAGAAGCCGCGGUUCGUGAUACAUUUAGCUGAAGCGUCCGCCAAGCUGGAAUUCCUAUACCACAAUCGCGCAUUGCACACGUUGCAUUCCAGUGUAGAAACACUAUUUGCUCUUUCUUUGGACAAGGACGGAUUUGUUUCAUGGGAGAGGUGCGCUCAAUUUUCCAGAAAACGAUCACAAAGUCCGAAAAAAAGAAAGCAUGACUCUGGACCACCAGUAGAUGACAAUAUCAACCUCACCAUUGAAUCGAAUGAAUCACGCGCGCGCAAAAAAAGACGAUGUCAGUAUCUAGCGCGUCGUAAUGAAAUCGACAUGGACGAAUUUCCCGUUUCUUCAGCGUCUACAUCAGCUGUAAGCUCGCUAGACCUAGACACAGAGACUUUAUCUAAAUUCAAUAAUCCAAGCGAGCCUGGAUACCCACUCUUACCGAUUGAAUCUCCUCAAGCUACUGGCAAAAACAAAUGUUCUCAUCUCUCUACAUUAUCGCAUGCAUGGUUGACAAAGGAGCGUCUUCGUUCCAACACAUAUGGCGAGUGGGGGAAAAAAGAGUCCUGGAGAAAAAAUGUUUGGGCAGGAAAAGUCACAUUGGAGGAGGAAGAGGCGGUAGAAUGGCUCAAGAGUUGCGGGGUCGAAAUUUCUGAGCUUGAGCGUUGA